AUGAAUUGGUAUUCACAUUUCUCAAUUGCUAUGUUGAAAUUUAUAGUAUUUUUCUUUACCUGUGUUCUUUCUCAUCCAAGAAAUGGGGGUGAUCUCUCUCUUUGGAUUGAUGAACAUCAGGUUAAAAUGUUUAGUGGGUAUGCCAUGGAAAUUUAUGCUAUAGUGGAUGGUCAUGUUCUACCUUAUAUUUUGGACCCGAAUUUUGAACAGUAUCUUCCAGUAAUUCCUUCUGAGGUUGGAUAUGUAAAUUUUACUUGGAAAAGUGGAAUGAAAAAAUAUAAUUAUAAUUUUGACAGGCUUCAGUCACUUGAUAAGGCAAUUUUAGAUCCGCCUGUGAUAACUAUUAAAACAAAAGGACGUGUACCAAGAAGGCCAAAAGUGUUUAGUUUGCUAUUGCCUUGUUCUGGGAACAGUUCUGGUGUUGCUUCCUUUGAUUUGGGGCUAGUAAUUGAAAGCAGGAAAGGAAAACCUCUUCCAGGUACUCCACUCAGGCUUAGUCUUCGGAAAGAAUGUGCUCAAAGAGCAGGUCCUGAUCCAGAGUGUGACAAAAAAUGUGCUAAUGGUGGGUGGUGCAAUCGUGAUAAAAUGUGUCAGUGCCAGGAAGGCUAUAUGGGACAGUAUUGUAAAACAGCACUAUGUUAUCCCCAGUGUGUUAAUAAUGGCACUUGUACUGCUCCAGGGACCUGUACAUGCCCUCCAGGAUUUCAAGGGCGCCAUUGUGAAGGAGGCAUUUGUUCUGAGAAGUGCGAAAAUGGUGGGAAAUGUAUUCAAAAAGAUACAUGUGAAUGUUCGAAAGGCUAUUAUGGAUUAAGAUGUGAAUUUUCAAAGUGUAUUAUUCCUUGUUUGAAUGGUGGUCGCUGCAAAGGAAUAAAUAAAUGCCGCUGUCCUAAUGGAUUUAGAGGAGAUCAUUGUGAAAUAGGUAGAAGAUCUCCUGCUAAAAGCCCUUGCUCAAGGCCUUGUAAACAUGGAGUAUGUUUUUAUAAUAAUACAUGUCUUUGUGAUCAAGGAUGGUCAGGAAAGUCAUGUCAGCACAAAAUACAGAAGCUGGAUACCCAAGCUUCUUUGCCGGAAGAACAGUCAUCAGAAGAGUUUAGUAACUAA